UCGAAGUUCACAGAAGAAGAAAAGAAGAAAACUUCAACGAUUUUGUUUGAAUAUGGCGAAUCCACCUCUCUAUUCUCCGAUCAAACCACAUUUCUUCCAACCACUUCUUCCCGGUUUCACCAACCAUCUUGACAUUCCUGUUGCCUUCUUCUUGAAGCACUUAGAAGGAAGUAACAAAGGCAAAACGGCUAAGCUGAGAUCAGAUGCAUCAGAGAUCACCUGGAAAGUUAAGAUUGACGGUCGGAGACUCUCUGUCGGUUGGGAAGAUUUUGCUGUUGCACAUGAUCUUAGAAUUGGUGACAUUGUCGUUUUCAGACACGAAGGAGACUUGUUGUUCCAUGUCACAGCUUUAGGACCAAGUUGCUGUGAGAUUCAAUAUGGAGAAUAUAGCAAUGAUGAAGAGGAAAAUAUGGAGAAGGUUUCAAGAAAGAAGAAGAAGAGUCCAAAGACAGAAACAGAUGAUGCAACAGACCAAUCUUGUUUUGAAGUUACUGUCACAGCUUCGAAUCUAAAGCGUGAUGUAGUGUAUCUUCCCAAAACGUUUGCAGAGGUAAAUGGUCUGAUAAAGAAAUCUGAGAUUGUAUUAAUGAAUGAAGAAGGAGAAUCAUGGAAGAUUGACUUGAGACACGAGGAUUAUUCAGGGCGGUUUUACAUGAGCAGAGGCUGGAGAAGUUUCUGUGUUGCUAAUGGGAAGAAACCUGGAGACGAUUUCACAUUCAAAUUGGUUCAAAAUGAAGAAACACCUGUGAUCCAAAUGUUACCCUUGAAUACUGAAGAUCUGCACAAACUUGAUUCUACAAUGGAUGCAGAGAAGGUUCCAAAAAAGAAGUGUCAAAAAACAGAAGCAGAUUCUUCACCAGACCAUUCUUGUUUUGUGGCCAUUGUCACGGCUUCAAACCUAGAGCGCGAUACAGUGUAUCUUCCAAAAAAGUUCGCAGUGUCAAACGGUCUGUUAAAGAAACGUGAGAUUGAUUUAGUGAAUGAAAAGGGAAAAUCAUGGAGGAUAGACUUGAGACACGUGGCGUAUCCAGGCCGGUUUUGUAUGAGAAGAGGCUGGAGAAGUUUCUGUAUCGCUAAUGAGAAGAAACCCGGCGACUCUUUCAAAUUCAAGUUGGUACAAAAUGGGGAAACUCCUAUGCUUCAGAUGUUUCCUUUGAAUAUGCACAAACUUGAGCCUAGCAAUGACACAAGGGAAGGUUUAGAAGCUACCAGCGACGUUAUUAGGCAAGGAAAACGGUCCAAAGCUAUUAAAACUACCAUCACAGAAGAACAUAGCACAACAAGCCAAAACCGAUUUGUGACAUUAACAUUUACUCCUGCAAAUAGACUUAAUUUUCCAUUGCAAUUCACGAAGGAGAAUGGAAUUAAAAAGGCAGGGAGGAUAACGAUGCUUGACAGGUACGGUACAAGAUGGAAGACGUCAUUGCUGAUGAAUAAGAACCAAAGAGGAACAAUGAGUUUAGGAAGAAACUGGAAAGGUUUCUGUGAGAUUAAUGGCGUUAAGAUGGAUGAAUCUUUUGUCUUGGAGUUGGUUUGGGAAGAAAGAGUUCCUAUUCUUAAGUUUUGUUCCAAAAGUUGA